AUGUCUUUCCAGAAGCCCGAGAAGGAUUUCGGCGAGGGCCCUUCUAUCCCAACACGACCGCCUACUAAUCAUGCUCGCUCCGUACAGAAGGUCCACAAGAUCCGCAUCACCCUCACCUCUCGCAAGGUCGCCUCCCUCGAGAAGGUGUGCUCUGAGCUGAUCGACCGUGCCCGCUCCAAGUCCCUCCAGGUCAAGGGCCCCGUCCGUCUUCCCACCAAGACCCUGCACAUCUCCACCCGUAAGACCCCCAACGGUGAGGGUUCCAAGACCUGGGACAAGUACGAGAUGCGCAUCCACAAGCGUCUCAUCGACCUCCUCGCCCCCACCGAGACCGUCAAGCAGAUCAUCAUCAACAUCGAGGCUGGUGUUGAGGUUGAGGUCACCAUUGCUGCCUAA